AUGAAUAAGUGGAAACGUGAUGGAAAGGUCGCUGAUACAUUAGAAGGUGCAGAUCCAUCUAUUUUGGCCAAUAAAGUUGCUAGGGUUGCUGGGUCAGUUAAGCCUGGAGAACAUGAUGCUCCUGCUCCUGCCAGUCUUGAGACAGUCCACGAGUUAACAAAAGAAAAUGGAUCUUCCCAGAAGCAAGAGCAAAUUCAAGCACAAAAUGGCCUUGAUGAUGCCUUGAAAAGGCGGCUGCAACAGCUGAUUGACUCUAAUCCACUCAUGCUUUUCAUGAAAGGAAGCCCUGAGGAGCCCAAAUGUAACGUUAGCCGAAUUGCCAUUGACAUUUUGAAGCGAAAGAAGGUCAAAUUUGGAAGUUUCGAUGUUCUUACGGACAUUGAAGUCAUGGAGGGGAUACAGAGGUAUUCUAACUGGCCAAUAAUACCGCAGAUUUACUACGAAGGGAAGCCCCGUGGUUGGUGUGACAUAGAGAGUUUAAUGCGUCGUAGUGGUGAAUUAGAGGAAGUUCCCAGAGACCAUGGAAUUGAUACAGCUGAUUCUGCUGGGGCGAAGGCGGUUGCAGCAACUGAUUGA